AUGAAGUGGCUCGAUGAGAUGGAAAUUGUUGUGGAUAUCAGCAGCUGUGCUGAUAAAGACAUUGUCAAAUUUGUGUCUCAAUCUUUCAAGGUCGAUGCCCUAACAUGGUGGAAGGCCAUGAUUCAAUCAACAGGGAAAGUGUCCCUGUAUAAUAUGAAGUGGUCAAAGUUUGUGGACCUGAUCAAAGAAACUUACUACCCUCCUCAUGAGGUUGAGAAAGUGGAGUCUUAUUUUCUGACUCUCACUAUGAAGAACAUGGACUGUCGGAAAUAUGUGUCAGGCUACAACUCUUUGUCCAGAUUGGUUCCAUAUCUAAUUACUCCUGAAGUAAAGCGCAUUGCGCGAUUUAUUGGUGGACUAGCACCAGAGAUUAAAGGCAUGGUUAAAUCCUCUAAACCCAUAACUUUCAGAUCUGAUGUCGAUCUGUCUCUUUCACUGACUCAGGAUGAGGUGAGAUUGAGAUCCGUCAAGACUGAGACUGACGGAAAGAGGAAGCGUGAUGAUAAUCGCUUCCAGAAUUCGAAGAAAGGAAAAUUUGGGUUCGAUAAGAAUCAACAGAGGGACUUAAAGAAUGUUGUUUGCUAUGGAUGUGGUGAGAAGAGCCACACAAAGACUAAUUGUUCUAAGCGUGCUGCUGAGGGGAAUCCUAAGCCUGGGGAGGCGAAGAAGCCUAUUGCUAGAGCCUUUCAGUUAACUGCAAGAGAAGUAGUUAAAGAUGCGAAUAUCAUUACGGGUACGUUUCUCGUUGUUGAUCAGGUCUUUUGUCCGAAACAAGAUAUCGUUUACGAUUGA